AUGCGCACAAAGAGCUUCCGGGGAGGCAGGCGGAGGAUGGACGAAAACUGGCGCACGGUGACGACGUCACACACACGCGCCCAGAGCGCCCGUCGCAGCCGUUCUGCGUCAAAUUGCCGCCCGUGGCCUCCGAGGCUUCUGCCUCUGGGAGUUGAAGUCCCUUCGGAAAGUGAACUGGAGGGGAAGCGAAACUCAGCGUUAAGCGAUCUGUGGGUCAGAAGCGGCUGCCGCUUCGCUCAGGCCCGGGGCUUCCGGGAGGCGGGCGAGGCUCCGCGGGGGGAGGGGCCGACAGUGGAGACACGUGGCUUUGGAGAACUCGUGGUUACUCUCACCCCGCCUUCGGAACGGCGUGCAUUUAAUCUCGCCCCGCCCCCGGAACAAACGGUGCUCCGCGACCCCACCCCUGAUUUAGGGCGGGAUUUCUGCUACUUUUUGCCCCACCCCCCUUACGGUACAAGAACCUCGAGGCCUCUACGUCCUGAAAUACUGAGUCCCAGGACAGAAAGUGACGUGAGGACCCGUGGGAUCAUCGGCCUAGAGCCGGAGAGGGUCUCAGGCCAUCUAGGACGCCCCCCCCCCCCCACCAUUCUACAGCGGAGGAAACUGAGUCUUAAGGAGGUGAAGCGGCUUGAGGGCCGUAGAAUCUCAGAUUGUGUGAAAAGAAAGCUGGACUCCAGUGAUCAAGCAAGGAAUCUGAAGCCAGGUUUAGACAAAGGAGAAGCGCCGGACCACCUGUCCAAGCGACAGAUGAAGAAGCUAAUGAGGCAAAAGCAGUGGGAAGACCAAAGAGAACUCCGCAAGCAAAAACGUAAGGAAAGACGUCAGAGAAGAAAAUUGGAACGCCAAUCUAACCUGGAGUCAAACUCAGAUGGACAUGACAGGAAACGGUUUCGAAGCGAGGCUGUUCCCAGUCCACUCCGCCUCAUAGUUGACUGCAGUUUUGACAACUUAAUGGUCUCAAAGGAUAUUAAGAAACUUCACAAACAGAUUCAGAGGUGUUAUGCAGAAAACCGUCGAGCAUCACAUCCUGUGCAGUAUUAUUUGACCAGCCAUGGAGGUCAGCUGAAAAAGAUCAUGGAUGAAAAUGACAAAGGAUGGGUCAACUGGAAGGAUAUUCACAUCAAAGCAGAGCACUAUAGUGAACUUAUGAAGAAGGAGGACCUGGUGUAUCUUACAUCAGAUUCCCCUAACAUACUGAAGGAACUAGAUGAAUCCAAGGCCUACGUGAUUGGAGGACUGGUGGAUCACAAUCAUCAUAAGGGUAUCACGUAUAAACAAGCAUCAGAGCAUGGAAUUCAUCAUGCACAGCUUCCCCUUGGAGAUUUUGUGAAAAUGAAUAGUCGAAAAGUUUUAGCCGUUAAUCAUGUUUUUGAGAUUGUAUUGGAGUACCUCGAGACGAGAGAUUGGCAGGAAGCAUUUUUCAGCAUCCUUCCUCAGCGGAAAGGUGCUGUCCCUGCAGACAAGGUCUGCAAGAGCUCUUCACAUGAGUGCCCCGGUGCCAGGGAUGAGGAGGAAAGUGACUCUAGUGAGGAGGAAAGCGAAAAUGUGCCGGCCCCAACGCUAGAAGGAGAGAGGCAGGACAAUGGAGCCAAUAGCACGUAACCCUCAGCAGUAGCAGCUGCCUCCAGCUUCUCCCGUAUGUUAAGGAAAAGGAGAAGACUCUGCUGGCCUCAGGAAAGAAAGCUGCAUUUCUGAGACACACUUUGUUUAGUUGUAUCAGUUAUUUUAAAUGGAAGAGCCCUUUGAAGACUGACUAAAAGGUGACAGUUUUUUCAUGAGUGCCUAAGGAAUUAAUACUUAAUAAUUGAGCAUUAUAUAAAUGGAACAUACAGGACUAGAUAGAGUGCUGAGCCAGUUUGCAUCUGUCUAGCACCUAUCUCACAGGCUUACUGUGAGCAUCAAAAAAAUAAUAAAUUUGUAAAGUGCUUUGUAAACUUUAAAAUGUUAUAUGA